CCUAGAGAAGAGAGUUGUUCGGAUAACGUGUAUACCAGGACGCUUGGUGGCAUGCAAAGAGAGGUCCCAGUUACGGAUUAACACCGACAGAUAGUUAAGGAGUUAAGUAUAUUCGACCCAGAAGCGAAAUGUCUGAGACUGCAGAGUCAUUGAUUGAAUGUCUACGGGCACGCUGUCUGCAAGGCGGCUGUCAAGGAAUAAAGGGGCUCAGCGUCGUGUUCCGUGCGAUGGAUAUUGAUUACUCAAAACGGAUUGUCUUGGAAGAGCUCAAGGACGCGCUGGAACGCUUUGGUAUCAAAAUGUCUGACGGUUACCUGAAGACGCUUUUUGAUGCUCUUGACGUCAAUAACAGUGGUGGGAUUGACUUCUGUGAGUUCAUGCAUAAGUUGCGCCCACCCAUGCGUCAGUGUCGUAUAGACAUUAUAAAUGAGGCGUUUGACGUUCUUGAUGUCAAUAAAGACGGCGCAAUCUGUCUAGAUGACUUAAAUGUUGUAUAUUCUUCAAACGCGAGGAAACAUCCGAAAUAUAUGUCCGGUGAAUGGACGGAGGAGCAAGUACUUCGGAACUUUUUGGACAGUAUCGAUACUCCCGGUAACCCGGAUGGAAAGGUCACGCGCGAGGAGUUCUUGAAUUACUACGCCGGAGUCAGUGCUACAGUCGACGAUGACAGCUACUUUGACCUCAUGAUGAGAGCAUGUUAUGGUCUUCCAAACAAAGGCGAAAAAACAAAAUAGUGCUCGCAAAAUACAUUUUGAUAACCGAUCGCGCACCUGUUUAUGUUUCAAUGUAAAACAUUGUUCCUGUAACAUUAUGGGUAUAAUUCCUACAAUGACAGUGAAAAAGGAUGUGCUCUAGUUUUCAUUGAACUUCUUCAUUCGAUGUUUAGCAAAGUGUAGCUUGUAUGACAAAAUAUACUUUUAUCUGAAAGCAAAUUGCAUAUUAGUACAUUAAACUAGUUUAAGUAGUAAAUAAUUAUAUAUUUAUGUCUAUACAUCACGGAUAUAAUGUGCAGUUGUAUUGUUCUUUAAUAAAUACACCAACACCCA